AUGUUUGUUUUUAUAUUUAUUACAGUCAUCGGAGUGAUUCGUUGUGAUGAUGAGCAGCACGACUCGCGGGAGGGUGACGACGUCACCAUGCAGUGCAGAUUCGGUUCCGAGGUGAAUCCUGGUGAUUCACCAACCUACUACUGGGUGCGGAGUACAGCCAGCGGCCAUGACAAUGUGGCAAUAGGAAAUAUACCCCUUGAAACUAAUUAUAAAGUAAUAUACGCUCCGUCAGAGGGACGAUACGAUUUGAUGGUGUCAAAUGUAUCGUACGAGCGUGACAACGGGAGAUUUGAAUGCCGUAUAAAGGCAGGUGGUUCGGGGAGGACGAUGCACUCGCAGGGACACAGUUUGGUGGUGCUCACUCAGCCGCAGCCGCCACUCCUGAGUCCCGGCACGCAUGCACAGGCGCAGGAAGGUCGGGAACUCAAUUUAACCUGCUCGACGACAGGUGGAUCGCCUAGCCCUGAUAUCAAGUGGUAUCGGGAUGGCACUACGUAUCCACUAGAGGCGAGUGUGAUCAACGGCAGGACGCGGGUGCAGCCUUCAGUGGCCAUUCUUACCCUGGCUCCUAGCAGAGAGGACGAUGGAGCGAGUUUUCGCUGCGUUGUAUGGAACCGAGCGAUGCCUGAAGGACAGAGACUAGAUACAACUGUUGAAUUAAGUGUAAAUUAUUUUCCUCGAAUUGAAAUCGGUCCGGAGAAUCCAUUGCAUGUUGAAAUUGAUGGAACUGCAACGAUGGAAUGUAAAGUUGACGCAAAACCCAAAGUGAGCAACGUGCGGUGGACUCGAAAUGGCAAAUAUAUUUCAAACUCUUUUAUACACACUAUUCAAGAUGUGACAGUGCAAGACGCAGGCAAAUACACUUGCAGCGCUGAUAAUGGGCUUGAUCAUCCUGGGGAGAAGGAGAUUUACCUAGAUGUUCUAUAUCCUCCAAGUGUUACGAUUGACUCUAAAACGUACGACGCCGAAGAAGGCGGUACAGUUGAAAUACGUUGUGAAGUUUCUGCUAAUCCCGAACCAAUUUCAAUCGAUUGGACAAAGGAAGGAAAACCUGACUUUCGUCAAAAAGGAAACACUCUAGUUUUGACUAGAGUAGAUGCAGAAAUGGCUGGAACAUAUAUUUGCAAAGCCAUAAACGUAAUUACAUCAUCCGCAGGAAAUCGCAUGGAACGGGCUAGUAGCGCUUCAGUCGCUGUAUUGGUGAGACAUAAGCCAGGACGGGCAUUUAUUAGUCCUGAUCGGCCCGUAGCUCAAGAGGGUGCAGGGGUAACACUUACUUGUAGUGCUAAGCCUCCGGGCUGGCCGUCUCCUCAGUAUAGAUGGUUCCGGGAUAUCGAUGUCGGUGAUGUCAAACCUAACGUUCUCGCUACUGGCCAUAAAUACACAAUCCCGAGUGCACAUCUCGGUAGCGAGGGUGUUUAUCAUUGCCAGGCCACAAAUGAACUUGGUCAUGGCGAGAUUGCAUCCGUCAACCUCGAAGUAUAUCAACCUCCGCGCUUCCAAUCAAAACUCCAACCACACAUGAUAAAGAACUCCGGUGAAAGAAAUUAUUCUUUGACGUGCAUUGCGUUGGGAAAACCGCUACCCCAUGUUAAAUGGUACAAAGACAAUUCCGAAAUAAAAGCGGAUGCUAAUUUAUAUGAAGUCAAAACAGAAAUAAAUGAAAGUAGAAACGCGGUGUUCAACAUACAAAGUACGUUACGAUUCAAAGGUCGCGCGAGGCCUAACGGGGAUGACUUACUUCCGGAGGAUAGGGGAGUCUAUUCUUGUUCCUUCGAAAAUGAAGUAAAGAAAGUGGAAUCAACUAUGCAGCUCAGGAUUGAACACGAACCAAUUUCAAUCCGACAACAAAACAAAGUGGCUUACGAUGUGAUGGAGAAUGCUGAAAUAUCGUGUAGAGUUCAAGCUUAUCCCAAACCAGAAUUUCAGUGGUUUUACGGCGCAAAUACGGCACCAUUGCAGAUGUCCUCGGACGGGCAUUACGAGAUAACUACUACAACGGACAAUAACGACUCCUACUUAAGUAUUCUGCUUAUACGCAACAUUAAAGGACAGGACUACGGUGAUUAUUACUGUAAAGUCAAAAAUUCAUUGGGUAGUAUACGUCCGCAAAUAAGAUUGCAACCAAAAGGUGCACCUGAGUCCCCUCGCGCUUUAGCUAGUCAAAAAGUAGGACCGAGUUUCGUGUCUCUCAAAUGGGAAGCGGGAUUUGAUGGGGGAUUAUCGAAUACAAAAUAUUUUGUACUAUAUCGAAGACAGAAGAAUCCAGCUGGCGGAGAACACUGUGCCACAGAAAGAUUAGACGAGUACGACUGGAAAGAAUACGACUGUCGGCGAUCCAAUCCGUGCAAUGUUACCCGCCUUGAGCAACAUAAUACCUACCAUUUUAAGGUGAAAGCAGUUAAUACAAAAGGGCAGAGCAACUACUCCAAUGAGAUCAUGGUGACGACGAAAGUUGACAUUAUACCACCGCCGGAACAGGUGACAUUUGAUCCCAGUACGAGAUCCGUUGCGUUCAGUGUGGGGCCUACGUGCCUCCCCCUGGUAGGGGUGGUGGAAGGUCUGGGAGCGCUUGGUGGCUGGCAGGUCGUAGAUACGGUGCCACUGCAAUUAUCGGGUAUUAGUUCCACUAUACAAGAAAGUACCCUGGAUCCUCCCACGCCUCGCGGUAGAGGCUCCUCUGUGCCACCAUUAGACCAAUUAAAUCCUAGGGUCCGUUUGAGGCUUUGUUUACAAGACAAUCAAGAUACGUGCAGUGAAUACAUAGAGGCUGAUAUUGGUCCAUCAUACACGAAGGCAGCUGCCGCAUUAACAACUGCCACGGUCAUCGCAAUAGUCGUAUCUUGCCUAGUCUUUUUACUCUUUUUAAGUCUUUUAUUCAUCUUUUGUCGGUGUAAACGUAAUGAGAACAAAAAAGAAGCGUCAAAGGACUAUGAAAUGGACUCUAUGAGGCCUCCCAUGGUGUCGCCACCUAACCAGGCCCCCCCUCCAUAUUAUCCGAGUACGGGGAUGGAGAACAAGGCGCUCGAACAUUCUAUGGACUUGCAAAUGGCUAUGGAUGACUCGAAGAAUGCAGUAUACGCGAGUCAGGGCGGCUACGGGUACCACAUGGCGCCCCACACCCAAGGACAUCCUGGGCAAAAUAUGUCGAAUGCGGACUGGGUAAAUAUGGGGUAUAUUGAGAAUUGCUACACGAACAGUAACAACGGAGGCAGCGUCAACUCCCAAGACUCCCUUUGGCAGAUGAAGAUGGCCGCGGCAAACGCGGCACCCAGCAUUCCUCAGCAUCAGAUGGUAGACCGGCAGUGUAAUUAUGGGUAUGACCCAAUAGCACAUGGUGGCUAUGGAACUAUUGACGAUUACGCCCCAUAUUCUCCCCUGCCGCACGGCAACCUCAGCACCCACGGUAGUCAUGCUGGAGCUGACUGUGCCAUGCGUUCAUCACAGACGCCGUCAAGACAGGACUAUUGCUCGGAUCCAUACGCCUCCGUGCACAAGCCCAAGAAAAGGGUGGAUCAACAUAUCGAAUCACCUUAUCAUGAAGUUAGCGGUCUGCCCGAGACGUAUUGUGGGGGGCCUGAAGACGCCACUCCCGAAGACAAGCCGCCCCAUCUAUCUCUUAGCUACGAUGAAUCUCUUGAGUCUGGAUAUUCCACACCUAACUCUCGAGCAAGGAGAGUUAUUCGCGAAAUCAUUGUGUAA